CCAAUUGCGUUUGGCCUCACUCUGACAAUGGACAAGGCCUAGGACAGAGAGCUCAGUGUGUGAAUGGGAAGGGGAAUUAAAGUCAAAGAUACUAGUAUCUUUGAUUAAAGUGUUUGGCAAACGGGCGGUCAGGUGGGUCCAGGCGGACUGCGGCAGCCAAUGGGCGUGUGGUUGUAGCCAGCUGGCGGCGGCCGGGCGGGCGGGCGGGCCAUCCUCCAGUGACGCAGGCACUAGGCCCGAGACCUGGCGCGGCGCUGUGAGCGAUGCCGGAGAUCGGGGACCCCGAGGCUGUGACGGGCAUGGGCCCAAUCCGCUCGCAUCACUGCCGCCAGAGUUCGUUCGUCACCUUCUGUAACUGCACGGGCCGCAGCGUGCGGCCGGUGUGGAUCAACUACCGCGGGCAGCCCGAGACCUACGCGGAGAUGAAGGCGCAGAGCGGCCGCAAGAUGAACACUUUCAUGGGUCACCCGUGGAUGUUCCGCGAUGCGGUGUCUGAUGACAGGCUCCUUGUCAAUAGUCACGAGGUCUUCGUCUCGCCCCCCGGUCAGGUUAAUGAGAUUGGGCAGCCUCGAUACAUCAUGGUUAAAAUCACCAUACCAGUUUACACACUAAAGGAGCGGUGCCUGCAAGUGGUGCGCAGCCUGGUGAAGCAGGAGGAUUACAGAAACCUGGAGAUUGCCCGAACACUACACGAUGACCUGGAGGAUCACCCCCAGCUGUUGAAAGAUCUUCAGCACCUCCAGCAGCUGGCUGAACAGGAAGAAAAUGGCCUGAACUGAGAGUGACAUUGUUCUUUCCACACCCUUGCCCCAGAUCAGAACUGGUAUAUUAUACGUAGACAAACUGUGAAAAGUGAUCUACAGAGUCCCUAGCAACAGUGACUGUCCAGUGUGACUGUGACACAAAGCUGUGGACGUCUCCACCUGAUCAGUAUUGUUGACAUAUUUUGUACUUUUCAUUAUCUUCCUAUUUCUUGGACCAAAUCAUUUCACUUUUUUAAAUGGCUGAUGUGGAAAUACUCCAGUACCUUUAGAUGAACAGCACCAGUAAAUUUCUGGCCCAUCACCAAUAUCGUGCAGCAGUAGAAUUGAGUAAAUUAGGGAAGGAGGCUGGCGUAGCUUGGGUCUCUUCCACUGGUGUCUGAGAUGCCAGUAUAGAGUUUAUUCUACAAGAGAGGGAAUCCAGAACUCCUGGUAGUAUGGUGAGCUUGUGAUAUAGAUAAUGGUUGGUGUAGAGUAUUGAAAGUACAAAGCAUGGAAGUAACAUGGGAAAGUGGGUAACCAUAUGAGGAAUGAAGGAAUAACAAAAUAUGCUGAUGGGGCUAAAUGGCUCACCUAUGGCAUUAAAGGUCAGCAUGGAGUAUUUGCGGAGAUUGCUUUGACUGCGCAGUAACUGAAGGUAGCAUAAACAUGCGUUUCUAAGCCAGCUUAGAUCCAUAGAAUUGGUCUAUGAUUCUCACGUGAAUUGAGAUAUGGUGAAAAACCUUGUUUUGUCUGCUAUCCAUGUAGAUCAUACCAUACAUGAGUACAUAAGAGUACAGAAAGAAAAAUGAAACAUUGUGCAGAAUAUAGUAUUACAGUAAUGGAGAAAAUAGUCAAAAAGUAUAAAACUGCUGCUGCCCAAUAUGGGGAAUGGUUCUCAACUAAGCUUCUGACAUUAACAUUUUAGCAUAUUUGUAGGUGAGCCUGUGGUUGCUCUGAGUACUGUGUACUGGUUAUAUGUAUCCAUGCCUAAACUAGUCCACUUUGCCAGUUCUGCAUUGUAACCUGCUUCAUUCUGUGCUACUGAGCUUGUAUUUAUGGGGACACCUUGGUCUUUUCUCCAAUUUCUCCUACUAGUUCUAACUUCUGUUUCACUGUCAUCCAGGUUUGUUUUCUUUUCACCUUAUCUGGUCAUAGAAUUUUGCAGGUCUGGACAGUGCCCCUGGUAUUCCAGCCACGGUGCUGUAAAAGUUGAACAAGACAAAUCAGCCUUUGUAUUAUCACUUUAUUGGUGUAAUUUUUAUGAUUUUCUCUGUAUUCAGUCAUCUCUCAAUCCCUCCAUGUUCCCACCUUAUUUAGAAGCUUACUUUUCAAGGCAUAAACAUUCUUCUUAAGCAAAA